UUUACUUGACUUGUCUCGGACGCAGGGAAUCUCCUCCACGAGCACGGUUUAUUCUACAGAAGGGUCUCUCCGGGGACUUGAGCCAUCAUGAUCAUCCUUCGUUUUCUGAUCCCCUUACUCAUCACCGCCUUGCACGCCACAGCUUGUGCUCUACCCUACUCACACAAGCCGACGGUAUAUAUCAUUCGCCAUGGCGAGAAACCGCCUGACCCGAACGACAGCGGGCUGAGCGCCGAGGGCGUGCAACGAGCCCAAUGUCUCCGAGACGUGUUCGGAGACAACUCACCAUACGAUAUCGGGUAUAUUAUGGCCCCGAAAGUCAACUCCAAGGGACAGCAUAGACGCUCCUACGAAACCGUCCUCCCACUUGCGGACGAUCUCGACAUACCCGUGGACACAUCCUGCAAGCGCAAUCGGGUGCAUUGCGUCGAGAAGAAGGUCCGCAGAUAUAGAGGAUGCGGCAACAUCUUGAUCUCCUGGCGACACGGGAAGAUGCAGGACAUGGCCCGGGACCUCGGCGUUGAGGACCCGCCGGAGUACCCCGAAGAUCGGUACGACUUGAUCUGGACGAUUCCAUUUCCAUACGACAAAAUCACGGACGUUCGAAGCGAGGCGUGUCCCGACCUAGAUAUACCGAAGGCAUUGAAGAUCCAGGCGUAGUAGGUAUAUGCGCUUGGAUGGAGCAUCUGGAUGGGUGGAAGAGUUGUCGAGCGAUCUAAUGGACCGCAUCGGAUCGGAUAUAGGUAUUCGCCGUUGAACGAUCUCGACUAGCAGGGGUUGGAAAGAAACCGCGAUGGCGAAGACCGGAUUGACGCAGCAUUGUCCGCUGGAAUUAUAGAUCGGCGGGAUAGAUAGAAGUUGUCGGACGGUACUGUAAUUAUUAUUAGGUAUCCUGUUGAGCAGGAAUGGCUGGGAGACAGUCUAGUGUUAGUGGAGCAUCAGUGUUGUUGACAAUUCACGGAUCCAACCACAGCUGCACGAGGAGAACUGGAGGCAUCUAAACCAAACAAACCGCGAUAGGCCGAGCGGCACGUUUGAUAAGCAGAAAAUAUCGUCUGUGUGUGCAGGCGGUGAGAGCCGAGCGGAGAAAAAAGUGGAUGCCAAGAUUUCAACCGCCCACCCAA